GCUGUUAUGUGGGGAGAUCUCCUGUCUCUGUCUCCCUGAGCUGCCCCGGAGCCGGCUGCCCCCAGUUGGACGCUCCCGUUUGCUCCGGCAUGGACGGAUUUUGCAGUAAUGACGGCACCGAGCGUUUUUGGGAUGUAAACGUUACCUGGUAUACAGAUGACCCAGACUUCACCAAGUGCUUCCAGAAUACGGUCCUGGUAUGGAUUCCAUGCAUCUACCUCUGGCUCUGCUUCCCUUUCUAUUUUUUAUACCUCCGGCGCAAUGACAAAGGCUACAUCCGAAUGUCACAUCUCAAUAAGGCCAAAACUGCUAUAGGGUUCUUGUUAUGGCUGGUCUGCUGGGCAGAUCUUUUCUACUCCUUCUGGGAAAGGAGUCAAAGUAUUUAUCGAGCUCCAGUUUAUGUCGUAAGCCCUGCUGUUCUGGGUAUAACUAUGCUGCUAGCUACUUUUUUAAUUCAAUAUGAGAGGAUAAAAGGAGAUCAGUCUUCAGGUGUAUUGUUACACUUCUGGAUCAUAGCUUUGCUUUGUGCCAUAAUAAUAUUCAGGUCCAAAGUUCUCCAUGCCUUAAAACCGGAUGCCAGUAUAGAUGUGUUCCGGGACGUCACAUUCUACAUAUACUUUCUAAUGGUGUUGGUGGAGCUGAUAUUGUCUGCCUUCCCUGAUCAGCCUCCUCUCUUCUCUGAAAUAGUCAAUGAUCCGAAUCCGUGUCCAGAAUCAAGUGCUUCUUUUCUCUCUAAAAUUACUUUCUGGUGGAUGAGUAGUAUGAUGGUACAGGGAUACAAGCGGCCCCUGGAAACCAAGGAUUUGUGGUCUCUAAACAAAGAAGACAUUUCGAUGGAAAUUGUGCCGGUCUUGGCCAGAAAUUGGGAAAAAGAAUACCUUAAAAGUAAAAGACAGGCAUUGAAAACGGUCUAUACUUCUGAGAAGCCAACCAAGCAGGCUGAGCCAGGAGAGGAAGUGGGAGAGGAGGUCGAGGCACUGAUUGUGAAGACGGCCCCAAAAGAUACGGAAACAUCGUUGCUUAAAGCCUUAUAUAAAACCUUUGGCCCUUAUUUUUACAUGAGCUUCUUCUUCAAAUUCCUUCAUGAUAUUCUGAUGUUUACUGGACCAGGAAUAUUAAGGUUGCUUAUUACCUUUGUGGGUAAUAAAAGUGCUCCAGACUGGCAGGGAUACCUGUACACCGCGUUGUUGUUCAUCUGCGCCUGUCUUCAAACGCUCAUCCUACACAAGUACUUUCAUAUCUGCUUCGUUACGGGAAUGAGGCUGAAAACGGCCAUAAUUGGUGUUGUCUAUCGCAAAGCUCUAGUGAUCAGCAACGCCGCACGUCGCACAUCUACCGUUGGUGAAAUUGUUAACUUGAUGUCUGUAGACGCCCAGAGGUUUAUGGAUAUGGCAACGUAUAUAAACAUGAUUUGGUCAGCUCCACUCCAAGUUAUAUUGGCUCUGUAUUUUCUGUGGGAAAUCCUUGGCCCCUCUGUGCUUGCAGGGGUUGCAGUCAUGGUUCUUAUGGUGCCAGUUAAUGCCGUCCUUGCCAUGAAGACAAAGAAAUAUCAGGUGGUCCAGAUGAAGUGCAAAGACAACAGAAUCAAGCUUAUGAAUGAAAUACUAAACGGCAUUAAAGUGCUAAAGCUGUACGCUUGGGAGCUAGCCUUUAAAGAAAAGGUGCUAGGAAUCCGACAGGAGGAACUGAAAGUACUGAAGAAAUCUGCUUACCUAUCCGCUGUAGGAACGUUUACCUGGGUCUCUGCACCUUUCCUUGUUGCUCUGUCGACUUUUGCCGUUUAUGUUCUUAUUGAUGAAAACAACGUUCUAGAUGCUGAAAAAGCUUUUGUGUCUUUGGCUUUAUUUAAUAUCCUGCGGUUCCCAUUGAACAUGCUGCCUAUGGUUAUAAGCGGCAUGGUUCAGACAAGUGUUUCACUGAAGCGUCUUCGAGUUUUCCUUUCACAUGAGGAACUAGAGACAGACAGCAUCAUCAGAGAGCCCCAGAGAAGCUCCGAUGGGUGUAUCGACAUGAAGAAUGCCACCUUCUCCUGGUCCAAGAAUGAUCCUUCCUCACUGAAAGAGAUAAAUAUUACCAUCCCCGAUGGCUCGCUGGUUGCGGUUGUUGGCCAGGUGGGCUGUGGAAAGUCUUCCUUGCUGUCUGCACUUUUGGGUGAAAUGGAGAAGAAAGAAGGCUUUGUAUCAGUGAAGGGUGGCAUAGCAUACGUUCCUCAACAAGCGUGGAUCCAGAAUGCCUCUCUGAAAGACAACAUCAUGUUUGGCAGAGAGUGCAAGGAGAAUCUAUACAAGAAAGUUCUUGACGCCUGUGCUCUGCUGCCUGACUUGGAUAUAUUGCCAUCUGGAGACAGAACAGAAAUCGGAGAAAAGGGUGUGAAUUUAUCUGGCGGUCAGAAGCAGAGAGUGAGCCUUGCCCGGGCAGUCUAUUGCAAUGCUGAUGUCUAUUUACUUGAUGAUCCCUUGUCUGCUGUGGAUGCACAUGUUGGAAAACACAUAUUUGAAAAAGUUGUUGGUCCAAAGGGACUUCUCAAAGAUAAGACUCGUAUACUGGUUACUCAUGGAGUGAGUUACUUGCCACAAAUGGACUCCAUUAUUGUGAUGGUGGAUGGAAAAAUCACCGAAAUUGGAUCCUAUCAGGAGCUCUUGAAACAGGACGGUGCAUUUGCUGAAUUUCUACAUACAUAUGCCAAUGCCGAGCAGAACAAUGGGCAAGAAGUGCCAAGCCCGUCUGAAGAGAAACAUAUGGAAAAUGGAGUAUUGGUCAGCGAAAGGAAUGAGAAAAGUCUACAUCGGCAGCUGAGUGCGAUAAGUGCGACGUCUGAGACAAAGUCCGGUCACCAGAACAGCACAGCCGAUCUCCAGAAGUCCGGGACAGAAAAGGAGGACUGGAAAUUGAUUGAAGAGGAAAAGGCUAAAACGGGCAAUGUCAAGCUGGGGGUGUUUUUGGAAUACAUGAAAGCCAUCGGUCUCAUCCUUUCUUUCCUGAGUGUCGUCCUGUUCCUGUGCAAUCAUGUGUCUGCCCUGGCCUCCAACUAUUGGCUCAGCUUGUGGACUGAUGAUGUCGUGGUCAAUGGCACGCAGCAGCACACCCAAAUGAGACUAGGUGUCUACGGCGCACUGGGGAUGGCACAAGGCAUCGCUGUGUUUGGAUACUCGACAACGGUUUCACUAGGGGGCGUCCUUGCUUCCCGCUAUCUCCAAUUGGAUUUACUACACAAUGUCCUCCGGUUUCCUAUGAGUUUUUUUGAGCGGACUCCCAGUGGGAAUCUUGUAAACCGUUUCUCCAAGGAGAUUGACACCAUUGAUUCAAUGAUACCACAGAUCAUUAAGAUGUUCAUGGGGUCACUAUUUAAUGUCAUUGGAGCAUGCAUUAUAAUUCUCUUGGCAACCCCAAUAGUCGCUGUCAUCAUUCCACCAUUGGGUCUGCUAUACUUUUUUGUACAGAGGUUUUACGUAGCUACGUCACGACAGCUGAAAAGAUUGGAGUCAGUCAGCCGGUCUCCAGUAUAUUCCCAUUUCAAUGAGACGCUAUUAGGUGCUAGUGUCAUCCGGGCAUUUGGUGAGCAGAAGCAAUUUAUUAAGAUUAGCGACUUCAGAGUGGAUGAGAAUCAGAGGGCAUAUUACCCCGGCAUUGUCUCCAACAGGUGGUUAGCAAUAAGACUGGAGUUUGUCGGAAACUGUAUAGGCCUCUUUGCCUCCCUGUUUGCCGUGAUAGCUAGGAAUAAACUCAGUCCUGGAUUGGUAGGACUGUCUGUUUCUUAUGCUUUACAGGUGACCACCUAUCUGAAUUGGUUGGUAAGGAUGUCUUCAGAGCUGGAGACUAAUAUUGUAGCGGUGGAGAGAGUGAAAGAAUAUGCCGAUCUGGAGCAGGAGGCUCCAUGGACAUUGCAGCAGACAGCACCAGAGAGCAACUGGCCCCAUGAAGGGAAAAUUGAGUUCAGAAAUUUCUCCUUGCGUUAUAGAGAAGAUUUAGACCUGGCCUUAAAAAACAUUAAUGUUACUGUGCAAGGUGGAGAGAAGAUCGGAAUUGUUGGAAGAACUGGAGCCGGGAAGUCUUCUCUUACACUUGGACUGUUUCGUAUCAAUGAGGCUGCCUCUGGAGAGAUCAUUAUAGAUGGCUGCAAUAUAGCAAAGAUUGGUCUGCACGAUCUUCGAUUUAAGAUUACGAUCAUUCCACAGGAUCCAGUCUUGUUUUCAGGAUCCCUUAGAAUGAACCUUGACCCCUUUGAAAAGUAUUCAGAUGAAGAAAUCUGGACAUCCCUUGAGCUUGCACAUCUUAAGAAUUUUGUUACAGGUCUUCCUGACAAGCUCAACCAUGAGUGUGCAGAAGGAGGGGAGAACCUCAGCAUUGGUCAGCGUCAGCUGAUAUGUUUGGCAAGAGCACUUCUUCGUAAGACAAAAAUCCUGGUGCUAGAUGAAGCCACUGCCGCCGUGGACCUGGAGACGGAUGGACUCAUUCAGUCGACCAUCAGGAAGGAAUUUGAAGAUUGUACAGUAAUAACUAUUGCUCAUAGACUCAACACAAUCAUGGACUAUACAAGGGUGUUGGUUCUUGACAAAGGCCAAAUAGUGGAGUGUGACUCUCCCAGCAGCCUUCUUCAGAAAAAAGGGAUUUUCUACAGCAUGGCCAAAGAUUCGGGAUUGGUUUGAAUGUGGAUGACAGUACGCUACUGAAUUCAUCUCUUGAAGAUGCUCUCCGGACAAGUCAGCUUUUUGACUUGAAGUUAUGCUUGACUGUUACUUAAGCACAGUUUCCACCAAUCAUCUGCAAAGAAGAUUGUAGACAUGGAAUGCAUUUUCUUUCUCCUAGGUUUCUUUUUGACUGGAAUUUUAUAGCUCCUUCACAUAGUCAUGGCCAUCCAAACUUACCUACGUAUGUUUUCUGCUGUUAGUCAUAGCAUGCAGUAGUAGGAAUAAUUAGGUUAUAAAUUGUCAAUUUGUAAACUUAUAACCCAAAGGCAUGUGUGUCUGCUGAAACCCAUCAUUCUUUGCAGUGGUUUACAGCAGGACACAUGAUAUGUAUUAGCAAAGCCUAUUUGUAGUCAACCUGCCUGAUUUAUCAUUCUAUUUAUUUCCAUAAGAUGUGCGGUACAUCACUACAAAUUAUGUUGGGGAGAAAAAAACAAACACUAAUCUUAGUUAGAAAAAUGGGGCAGUUAAAAGGGAUGGCUGUGCAGAUAGUGUAGUAUAGUAGCCUUGCCCAAAAUCUGUAUUGAACAGAUUGCUCUGGGUGCAUUAAAUGGAAUGUGUUGGCAGCUUCUUGCUUCCUAAACCCUGACAGGAUCCCAACUAGGUUUUACUCUUAAAUGCAAUGACAUUUCAGAGAAAACAUAGAUAAAAAAUGGACAGGAAUCACAAGGGCGGCUCCCCGAUGGCUUCUCCAGACUCUGUUUGAUUUACGGAUCUCUCCAUCUUUGUGUAUAGAGAGAGAACUGUCAAUCAACCUGAGCCAGGCAGGGAGAAGUCUGCAGGCAGCCACCCCAUUAACUCUUGUCAAUUGUCCCAACUCGUGGCAGCAUGGAGUUCCUCAAAGGUAUCCGCAGCUUACAUCAGGAAUACAGCGGCAGGUUCCACCUCACACAUGUAUCGAAUAGCUGGAUCCACACCAAAAGGUAUAACGUUAAUCCAUUGAUUUUUUUAAUUUUUUUUUGGUAUAAUGUUGUCCAAAAACCAUUCAUAUUACAAGAUAUAAAAACCUUGCAUUCUGUCCUUGUAGCUUAUUCCGUACAUUCAGCUGGCACAUUAGAAGAGCAACAUCACACGUAUUCAGAGCAGCAUACUGCACUAAUGGCGACAUUUUACGAGUAAUGUCCCUUUUGUCAAGCAGGCUGCUCUGAACGCUUGUGAUUCUGCUCUUUUAAUACGCCAGCUGAGUGCACGGAAUAAGCUACAAGGACAGAAUGCAAGGUUUUUAUAUCUUGUAAUAUGAAUGGUUUUUGGACAAUAUUAUACCAAUAAAAUUAAUGGAUUAAAGGGGUUCUGCAGUUCUUUUAAACUGAUGAUCUAUCCUCUGGAUAGAUUAUCAGCAUCUGAUUGGCGGGGGUCCAGGACCCCUGCUGAUCAGCUGUUUGACCCCUCAGGCCCAGUGACAUCACGACUAGUAUCACUGGCCUGGGCGGGGCUAAGCUCUGUUUACUUAAAUGGAGCUGAGCCGCGCCCAGGACAGUGAUACUAGCCGUGAUGUCACUGGGCCUGCGGUACUUGCAUAAAUCAAUAGUACAGGUGAAUAGAAGAAACUUUGUAAUAUAUCAGAUUAUACAUUGUCCAUAGAGAUCUAUGGAGAGGGGAGGGCAAAUAAGUUGACAGUUUGAUCAGUACUAUUGAUUUAUGCAAAGCUGUCUGACUAGUUGGCACCAUUUUAGGGGUUCCCAGCAUAGGUAAAUCCAGUGGAACCUCUUUUAACGUAAAUUAUGCACACUCAGUUUUGUACACUUGUUUAAACUUUAUGUAAGAACAUUGCAUUACUUGUCUUGUGCUGACUUGUACUUCCGCCGUUAUGCUGGUUGCUGGUGGAAACGCUCAACAGACUCAUCGACAGA